ACUGUAAACUAGCUAGGCCAAUCGAUAGGCCAAUCGAGCUAACUGAGCCAUGGUGUCCGGCGAUGGCGGCGGCCGAGUGCCGUCGACGCAAUUCGCGAAGCACGUGGUGGGCGGGCGGUGGUUCAUGUUCUUCGCGUCGAUCCUGAUCAUGGCAGCGGCGGGCGGCACCUACAUCUUCGCCAUCUACUCCAAGGCCAUCAAGUCGUCGCUGGGCUACGACCAGCAGACGCUCAACACGCUCAGCUUCUUCAAGGACGUGGGCGCCAACGUCGGCAUCCUCCCCGGCCUCAUCAACGAGGUCACCCCGCCCUGGGUCGUCCUCGCCUGCGGCGCCGCGAUGAACCUCGUCGGUUACCUCAUGAUCUACCUCUCCAUCACCGGCCGCACCGUGCGCCCGCCCGUCUGGCUCAUGUGCUUCUACAUCGCCGUCGGCGCCAACUCCCAGUCCUUCGCCAACACCGGCGCGCUCGUCACCGCCGUCAAGAACUUUCCCGAGGACCGCGGCGUCGUGCUGGGGCUCCUCAAGGGCUUCGUCGGCCUCAGCGGCGCCAUCUUCACGCAGCUCUACCGCGCCAUCUACGGCACCGACAACGACGGCGCCGACCUCGUGCUGCUCAUGGCCUGGCUCCCCGCCGCCAUCUCGCUCCUCUUCAUCCCCACCAUCCGCAUCAUGCCGCGCGGCACCCCGGCCGCCGCGAGCAGCACCCGGGAGCGCAAGGCCUUCUUCUACUUCCUCUACGCCUCCAUCGUGCUCGCCGUUUACCUCCUCGUCAUGAACGUGGUGGAGCUGGAGGUGCUCAAGUUCCCCAGGCCAGCCUACUACGUCACCGCCACCGUGCUCCUCCUCCUCAUCUUCUUCCCCAUCGUCAUCGUCGUCCAACAGGAGCUCAGGACCUACCUGCAACCGCCACUGCCGACCCAGUCCGUCGUCCCGACGACCACGACCACGACCACGGUCGUCGACGAGACGCCUUCCGCAGCCACCAUGACGCCGGCGACGACAUGCUUCCAGGACGUGUUCCGGCCGCCGGCAAGGGGGGAGGACUACACGAUCCUGCAGGCGCUCUUCAGCGUGGACAUGCUGGUGCUCUUCGUGGCCACCAUCUGCGGCGUGGGCGGCACGCUGACGGCGAUCGACAACCUGGGCCAGAUCGGGCAGUCGCUGGGGUACCCGCAACGCAGCGUGACCACCUUCGUGUCCCUGGUGAGCAUCUGGAACUACGCGGGCCGCGUGGUGGCCGGCUUCGCGUCCGAGUACGUGCUGGCCCGCUACAAGGUGCCCCGCCCGCUGGUGCUGACGGUGGUGCUCCUGUUGGCGUGCGUGGGGCACCUCCUCAUCGCCGUGGGCGUGAACAACGGGUUGUACGCGGCGUCGGUGAUUCUCGGCUUCUGCUUCGGGGCGCAGUGGCCGCUGCUCUUCGCCAUCAUCUCCGAGGUGUUCGGCCUCAAGUACUACUCCACGCUCUACAACUUCGGCGCCGUCGCCAGCCCCGUCGGCUCCUACAUCCUCAACGUGCGCAUCGCGGGGCGCCGCUACGACGAGGAGGCGCUCCGGCAGGGCGGCCGCAGGGGCAAGGACCUCACCUGCAUCGGGGUGCGCUGCUUCAGGGAGUCAUUCUACAUCAUCGCCGGCGUCACGCUGCUGGGUGCCCUCGUCUCGCUGCUCCUCGCGUGGAGGACCAGGAACUUCUACAGGGGCGACCUCUACGGCAAGUUCAACGCCGACCUGGCCAUGGGCCCUGUCCCUGCCGGCGAGGAGCGGUCCAAAGAAGAAGCCACCACCAAGGGUGCUGCCACCUCCAGCACCAGUCCUGUUGGCGACGCCGCCGUCGCCACCAACGGCGGCAAGAUCGGUUCAGCUGAUCACUAACUGAAGACAAAGAGAUCCAUGGAAUCAAACGGAUGUAUGCGAAUGCUACACAUGCUUUGCUUAAUUUGUGUACGUAGAAAUAUAUAGAUGGAUCGAUUGUAUAGUUGAACUACA